ACAGAAUUGUAAGCGAAUAAGAGAUAGCAAGUUUCAACUUGGCCAAUUCUAACGGGUCCCGUUCUUUUUGUACUUGUGCUAACAUGGGCUGUAAAUCGUUUUUAAUUUUCUCAACUAUUGCAUUACAUCCUCCUAUUGCUUCUUGCAACUCUUUUGGAAGCUUGAAAUCCAAAUCCAUCUCUGGUGAAAUAGAAAAGCAAAACUCUUCGAGAACGAGGUCCGAUGACGGAAUGGCAAGUCACAGACGCUCCAGCGAUGGCGAGUCACCUCAUAAACGACAGAAGCUUCAGGAUACCCCUUUGGUCUUCGAUACCGCCCAAGCUUCUAACGUAUCUGGUACCACGUUAUGUCGAGGCGAGUCAUACGAUUUGAAUUUCAACGAGUAUUACAGCACACCUUAUGCGAUGAUGCCUUAUUACUAUCCUACCUCAUCUGCUCAUCCUCAAACCGGGUAUCUCAAUGUACAACCUACGGCACAUUACGCCCAGCCAAAUGUACAACAGUACUAUGCGACGACAGUCCAGAAAUACCACCAUCCUUCGCAUGAUAAUAAUAAACUUUUAAAAAAAUCAGCACCACAAACGCUGCCCUAUCAGCAGCACGUUUCUUCAAAUUCUCAGACAUCCAAGGACGUUUCUGUGAACACCAGCAUGCCGAAAAUAUUAAACUAUGGUGAUGUAGAUCCGCUGGCUCCUCCAAUAAAUGACAAAAAAAGGAUGAAGCCGCGAACCGUAUACAGAAAGGCAGGUGGAAAAAUCUGGCAGGAUCCCUCUUUGUUGGAUUGGCCAGAAGGUGACUUCAGAAUUUUUGUGGGUAACUUAGGUAAUGAAGUUGACGAUGCGACGUUGCAAAAGGCAUUCUCUAAAUAUCCCACAUUAGCCAAAUGGCGUGUGAUUCGCGAUCCGUACCAAAAUACAAAAGGGUUUGGGUUUGUUUCGUUUUUAGACCCUCAUGACGGCGUGAAGGCACUAAAAGAAAUGAAUGGGAGGUACAUUGGACAAAGGCCAUGUAAACUGACAAAAAGUAAUCAUGAAGAGAGAAAUCUGUACAAAAACAAAUCCUAA